AUGGACAAGCUCCACGAGACAUUGGUAAACAUGGAAGAGGGCCUGGGCUCGGAGCACGCUGCCUGCUUGUCACCCUGGGAGUGGAAAAGCAACGGUGGGACUUUCGAGCUCAGCCAGGACUCGUCUCCUCCCAGCUUGUCCCCAGCUCCCUCCUUCGAGUGCUACUCUCCGUCGCCGUGCCCAGCGGUCACGGAGACUCCGUACCUGAGCAGCGGGAGCAGCGGGAGCAGCCUAGCUGGAUACGGCCUGAGGGCCUCCCUGCCCAGCCCCGGCCAGGCCCGGCUGCCCAAGGGCACCAAGGUGCGCAUGUCGGCCCAGCGCCGGAGGAAAGCCAGCGAGAGGGAGAAGCUGCGGAUGCGGACGCUGGCCGAGGCCCUCCACACGCUGCGCAACUACCUGCCCGCCGCCUACAGCCAGAGGGGCCAGCCCCUCACCAAAAUACAGACGCUGAAGUACACCAUCAAGUACAUCGGCGAGCUGACGGAGCUGCUCAACGGCGUGCCCCGAGCAUAG